UGGUCACACUGUGGUAUAGUCAUCAAACGAAAAAAAUACAGAAAAUUGGCCAAGGAGUAGAUAAAAUUCUAAAGGCCAAGUUAAGACACGGGAAAACAAGUGUUAAACCCCAAAAAACAUAAAUAAACUCUUUGUGUGUUCAUAACUCGUUGCCUUUGCGCCCGUGACCAAUAAAACGCAGUGAAAAAUGGCCUUGAAAGUGCUUGUGGGCCAAAAGCUGAUGAAUGAGGUGGUGAAGUAUAAGCCUCCAGCCCCUAAAAAGCAGGGUGUUACGGCCGCGGGGGCGGGUGCGGGUGGUAUGGAAUGGAGGGUUCUGGUGGUGGACAAGCUGGGUAUGCGCAUGGUGUCUGCGUGCACCAAAAUGCACGAGAUCAGCGCCGAGGGAAUCACUUUGGUCGAAGACAUCAACAAAAAACGGGAGCCCCUGCCCACAAUGGAUGCGAUUUACUUGAUAACGCCAUCGGAUGAGUCAGUGCGUGGGUUGAUUCGAGACUUCGAGAACCCCGCUCGCCCGAUGUAUCGCUAUGCCCAUGUUUUCUUCACCGAGGUUUGCCCGGAGGAAUUGUUCAACGAUUUGUGCAAGUCCUGUGCAGCCGGAAAGAUUAAGACCCUCAAGGAGAUCAACAUUGCAUUUUUGCCGUACGAGUGCCAGGUAUUUUCGCUGGACUCCCCGGACACUUUCCAGUGUCUGUACUCCCCGGCCUUUGCCUCGAUAAGGAGCAAGCAUAUCGAACGGAUUGCCGAGCAAAUAGCCACCUUGUGCGCCACUUUGGGCGAAUACCCGAAUGUGCGAUACCGCAGCGAUUGGGACAGGAACAUCGAUCUGGCUGCGUCCGUUCAGCAGAAGCUGGAUGCCUACAAGGCCGACGAUGCUACGAUGGGCGAGGGCCCCGAGAAGGCUCGAUCUCAACUGCUGAUCCUCGAUAGAGGAUUUGACUGUGUUUCGCCACUUCUUCACGAACUUACACUCCAGGCCAUGGCCUACGAUUUGCUACCCAUCGUGAACGAUGUCUAUCGCUACACACCCGGACCCAAUCAGCCGGAUAAGGAGGUGCUGCUCGACGAGAACGACGACUUGUGGGUGGAGCUGCGCCACGAGCACAUUGCCGUGGUCUCCACCCAGGUGACUCAGAAUCUGAAGAAGUUCACCGACUCGAAGCGAAUGGGCUCGGCCGACAAGUCGUCGAUGCGCGAUCUCUCGCAGAUGAUCAAGAAGAUGCCGCAGUAUCAGAAGGAGCUGUCCAAGUACUCCACCCACUUGCAUUUGGCCGAGGACUGCAUGAAGUCGUACCAGAACUACGUGGACAAGCUGUGCCGCGUGGAGCAGGAUCUGGCCAUGGGCACGGAUGCCGAGGGCGAGAAGAUCAAGGAUCAUAUGCGCAACAUUGUGCCCAUUUUGCUGGAUGCCAAUGUCUCGAACUACGACAAAGUGCGCAUUAUCGCUCUCUAUGUGAUGAUCAAGAACGGAAUUUCCGAGGAGAAUCUAACCAAGCUCUUUACGCAUGCCCAGCUGUCGCCCAAGGAUCAGGAUAUGGUGCGUAAUCUCAGUUGCUUGGGCAUCAAUGUCAUUGCAGAUUCGCGCAAGAAGGUGUACUCGGUGCCGAGGAAGGAGCGCACUACCGAGAGCACCUACCAGAUGUCCCGUUGGACCCCGGUCAUCAAGGACAUCAUGGAGGAUUGCAUAGAGGACAAGCUGGAUCUCCGUCACUUCCCCUUCCUUGAGGGCAGGGCCCAGAACACCAACUACCACGCCCCGACCAGUGCUCGCUACGGCCACUGGCACAAGGACAAGGGCCAGGCCCAAGUGAAGAACGUCCCCAGACUCAUUGUCUUCAUCGUGGGCGGCGUCAGCAUGUCCGAGAUGCGGUGCGCCUACGAGGUGACCAAUGCGGUUCGCAAUUGGGAGGUCCUCGUCGGCUCCUCGCACAUCCUGUCGCCCGAAAUCUUCCUCAGCGACUUGGGCAGCCUCUCCAAGGAGGACUAAAUGCUUAUUGGAUCAUAUUCUUGUUAACGAUUUUGUCACAUUUAUCGUGUUUAAAAAUAGAUUGUUAUUCCUUACCGAAGGUUCAAAAUGAUUCCUUAAGAAAUUAUUAUACUAAUUACAUAUUGCAAUAUAAACAUAAUACAAGACAUAAAUUAUAUACGCAUUACAUAAUAUAUUAAAAUUAUAAAGUAUUUUAUUCUUAGCCGAAUAUAAAUAAAUAUUAACUUCAAUAAUACGCGUAGUAUUAUUUCAAUUAGGCCCCUAUACUGGCUAUUAUACUGUAGUAUGAAUAUUAGAAAGAAAAUGGGACACGGAUUUCACAGCACCAUAAUAUAUAUUCACCUCGGACUACUAAAAAUAAAAUGUAUUUCCGAAACUAGUCAAAUUGAAAGAAUUAAUUAUGAAUGAGCCUGUCUAAUAUUCGGCAAAAUGACAUCAAAAUAUUUAAAUGUUAACACUAAACAUAGUAAAUUGUACCAAGUUGUCUUGUAAUCCAGAUACUUUAUAAAUGGUUCAAUUAGAGUAUGUAUUUGAUAAAAUUCGAUCAAUAUUAAAAUGCAAGUUCAAAUUUUUCGCACCCGAUGCAUCUAAAUGUAUUGUAACUCCUUCAAUACCCAAUAAAGCUUACAAAAAAAAACUAAAAAAA